GGAGGCGGGGAAAGAGAGCGAGUGAGCGAACUAGGUCAGCAAGGCUUAACACCCUGUCCAAUCCCAAAAUUUCUCGGCCACUCGCAACUUUAGGCCUUCUGGGAUCCGAAAAAUCCUCACUUUGGUCCUCUCCCUUGUCUGUGACAACCCACAUUUCAAAUCAAGAAAAUAAAGGAAAUAAUAUAUUUUUUAUAUUUUUUUAUGAAAAUUCUUCAUUGUUUCUGUUAUUUCCCCUCUCUUUCUUCGAUUUAUACAAAAAAAUAGAAACAUUCUGUUUUAAUGCUUUUAACAAGUUGAGAAACAAAAAGAUUCACCUUCCCGGAACGCCGUUGAAGUCCUCCCUCGGCCAGAUUUCCUGCCUCAAGUUUGGAUUUCGAUUCGAUUCUUGUGUUUAAUGUUGGAUUUCUGGUCUGGGGUUGGACUCUCUUCGGGUUCCUGAUCUUUUCUUUAUUAUUUUUCCCUUCUUUGCAGUUGUAGGAAUUUAGAGUCUCAGCAGUGCUUAUGAUUUGGGUUGGUUUUAAUAAAAUUCGUCUGAUUGGGGGAUCUGGGCUUUUGAUGAUUUCACAUUUAGGACAUGACAUUCUAAGACUUUUGAAAUUUGGAUCUUCUCCACGUCUCUCUCUCUCUCUCUAGGAUUGUAUUAUCCAUUGCGCAUCAAAGUUGAUUGCAUUAGUCGAAUUAUAUCCAAUGCUUCAGGUUCAGAAUUGUGAGGAGAUAUAACAGUAGUAUUGGUGGUUGAAGAGGGUCUAGGGGUUUUGUUUUUUCAUGUUGGAAAUUUUAGAUUAAUGAACAAUGCUCUGGUUAAGUUAAAGGAUGUUUGGAGCUGCUGGGUUUUGAUUUUCUAGGAGUAACUGGAGUAUUCAAAUUUUAAAGAACAAUGUUGAAUGGCUGGUGAGUACUGAAGGUUUAUGAAUCUGUACAUUACGAAGGGAAAUGUUCACUUGAUUGGGGAUUGCAAGGGUUGGGGAAUUCGAGUGUUCUGGUAGAAUGCUGGCGGACCACUGUCCUUAAUGAACCAAUGGUUGUUGCAAUCAAUAGAAACAGAUUGGGCAGAUAAUUGCAAGAUUUCAGCAUUUACCUGUGAGUUGGGAUUAUGGGCUGUAUUUGCUCAAAAGGGACCUCUGCAAAUGAGUGUGUCGAGAGCCAGAGGGAGAAAGAAUCUUCAAAACGGUUGGUUGCUCCAUCAAAAAGAGAGGACAUUGCAGUGGAGGUUGAUGCUGGGGCUAAUGGACCUUCGGAUGGAACAGUAUUGAUAUCAAAAUUGGCACAGCAAGUGAAUACGGUUUCCAACCCAAUUUUAUCUGUUGAAGUAGAGAGAAAGUCAGUAGUUGAGAGGCCUGCAAAAGCUCAACAUCAAAGAUUGGAAACUGCGGAUAUUGAUGAAAAUGGAGGACAACCACCAAUUUCAAGGAUUGUUAGUAUGCCUAAUGGUGUUGAGGGGGAACAGAUUGCUGCAGGGUGGCCUUCUUGGCUAACAUCAGUUGCAUCUAAAGCAAUCAAAGGGUGGGUGCCGCGCAGGGCAGACUCAUUCGAGAAGUUAGACAAAAUUGGACAAGGAACCUACAGCCAUGUAUACAAAGCUCGUGAUCUUGAAACUGGAAAAAUUGUUGCAAUGAAGAAAGUACGGUUUGUUAAUAUGGAUCCUGAAAGUGUCCGUUUCAUGGCAAGAGAAAUCUACAUUCUGCGUAGGCUUGAUCACCCAAAUGUUAUGAAGCUUGAGGGUCUAGUUACUUCACGAAUGUCCUGCAGCUUGUACCUUGUAUUUGAGUAUAUGGAGCAUGAUCUUGCUGGGCUUGCAGCAAGACCUGGUAUCAAGUUUACUGAACCACAGAUUAAAUGUUAUAUGCAACAGCUACUUUGUGGGCUUGAACACUGCCAUAGUCGUGGAGUCCUUCAUCGAGACAUCAAAGGUUCAAAUCUUCUGAUUGACAACAAUGGAGUUCUGAAGAUUGGUGAUUUUGGGCUGGCGACCUUCAUCAAUCCUGACAAAAAGCAGCCGCUUACAAGCCGUGUUGUAACCCUAUGGUACAGGCCUCCUGAGCUCUUGCUUGGUGCUACUGAAUAUGGUGUUGCUGUGGAUCUCUGGAGCACAGGAUGCAUCCUUGCAGAGUUAUUUGCAGGGAAGCCUAUCAUGCCAGGAAGAACUGAGGUUGAACAACUGCACAAGAUUUUUAAGCUUUGUGGUUCACCCUCUGAAGACUACUGGAGGAAAUCAAGACUGCCACAUGCAACCAGUUUCAAGCCUCAACAUCCUUAUAAGCGUUGUGUUGUAGAGACGUUCAAGGACUUUCCUUCUUCAGUCUUGGUUCUUAUUGAUGUCCUUCUUGCAUUGCAUCCAGAAGACCGAGGAUCAGCUACUUCUGCACUUAACAGUCAGUUUUUCAGAGCAAAGCCUCUUCCUUGUAAUCCAUCAAGUUUGCCUAAAUACCCACCAAGCAAGGAGUUUGAUGCUAAGCUUCGAGACGAGGAAGCUAGAAGGAAAAGAGCAGCAGCAUCAAAAUUGCAUGAAUCUGAAUUGGGAAGAAGGGUUUCAAGACAGUCCAAGGCGGUGCCAGCACCAGAUGCAAAUGCAGAGCUGCAGGUUGCGGUACAGAAGCGGAAAGGACAAACAAACUCUAAAAGCACUAAUGAGAAAUACAAUCCCCAAGAGGAUGGUGGGUCUGGCUUACCAAUGGAGCUUCCUGGAGGAAUUUCGCAGAGUCGUUUUUCCCAUUCCAGCUCAAUGAUUCACCACAAUGCAUUUGGUUCAUCAUUGAACAAGAAGGUGAGGGAGGAUGAGGCUCUAGGAAUCCAAACAUUUGGUUUGUCACAUAAUGGCCCAGAAUUGAGGACUCAAAGAUCUCACAUGCCUCAAAGUGUUGCUGAAUUUGCCAAUUAUUCUGGUCCAGUAGUGGAAAGAAGCACUUCAGAGUUUGACAAAUAUAGGGAAAGGAGUUCAAAUCUGCACUGGCCAGAGCAGGGACUGAAUGGCAGGAAUGAUCAUUUGGAUGAUACUGAUGCCUCUGCAAAGCAAGAAUGGACCCAUCAUCUGCUGGAUAGGCCAACCUCUUUUCACAGGAAGGCUGAAAGGGUGACUGGCAAGGAAUCUACAACGGGUUAUGUCCCCAAGAAGAACAGAAUCCACUACUCUGGACCAUUGUUGCCUUCAGGAGGAAACAUUGAAGAAAUGCUGGAAGAGCAUGAGAGGCAAAUCCAACAGGCUGUCCGUAAAGCUCGUGUUGAUAAGGCCAAGACUAAGAAAAAUUACAGAGAAAAUAGUGGGUCUGAAGCUCCUCUCCACCAUGGGUCAAAUGGCAGGUGAUUUUGUAGAAUUGUGUUGCUUCAUCACUGUUACGGCAUAGCAUCACUCUCAUCUUUGUUGGAGAUACUAUGUUUGUGGUUUGGCUAUUGUUGUCACCAUCAGUAAAAGAAUAAUGUCUAUAUGGUGGAGCUUCAUCUAUACAUGAUCCAGGAUUUACCACGUCAUACCUUAUCUGAGGACUUGCUAAGACUUUUAAUCUGUCAAAUUGUGGUCAUUCAAAACUGCUGGUAAUCCAGAAUUAAAUGGAAUCAGCUACCACUGACUAUUAUUUAUGGUGGCAAUCUGUGCAGCAAAAAUUCUCUGAGCAGUACAAGAGAGGGCCUCAGUGGCUUCUGUAGUUCUACCUGUAUUUUGAAGGGCAGGGAGUCUGUUUUGUACAGCCCAGAAGAGGUUUGGUGGUUCAAUUUCACCUCCUCAAAAUUAUAUGUUCCCAAAUUGGAGUGAAUUUAUUAGGCCAAGUCUAUACAUAUUUAAUACAAGCAACAGUCCCAAAUGCUUUUCUA